GUUUACAGACAUCCGGAGAAACAUGGAGGACUCCUCUGGCAGUAAUCCCCAGUCUCUCGGAUUCACAGAGAAAUUCAAGUCGUGGCUGUCGUGGUCAUGGGCCUACGUGUGCUUCCUCUGGCUCGGCAUGGUUCUGGUCAUGGUGUACGUGCUGUGGAGCCCGCUCAAACUGCACGAAAGUCUAACCUCGGCGUCAGUGUUUUUGAAUACUCUGACCCCCAAGUUCUAUGUGGCUCUCACAGGGACCUCCUCCCUCAUCUCUGGACUCAUUCUGAUAUUUGAGUGGUGGUAUUUCCGUAAAUAUGGAACCUCCUUCAUUGAACAAGUGUCAGUGAGUCACCUGCGCCCCCUGCUGGGAGGAGUGGAAAGUGGGUCUACAACUGGCCUGUUCUCAUCUGUGAAUGGAGACGCAGAGCCCAGACCCAGUGUCUCAGAAUGCAAGGUGUGGAGGAACCCCUUGAAUCUUUUCAGAGGAGCAGAAUAUAACAGGUAUACUUGGGUGACAGGAAAGGAGCCCCUAACAUACUACGAUAUGAAUCUGUCUGCUCAGGACCACCAGACCUUUUUCACAGGAGACACACAGCAGUUAAGGCCAGAAGACACAGUGAUGCAGAAGGCCUGGAGAGAGCGAAAUCCCCAGGCACGGAUCAGAGCAGCUUACCAGGCCAUAGAGUUAAAUCAUGAGUGUGCAGCUGCCUAUGUUCUCCUCGCUGAGGAGGAAGCCACAACUAUCACAGAAGCUGAACGUCUCUUUAAAAAAGCAUUAACUAUUGCUGGAAAAGAUAUUAACUUAUUAGUGUACAUCAAGCGCAGACUGGCAAUGUGUGCGCGAAAGUUGGGGCGGAUCAAAGAAGCUGUUAAAAUGAUGAGAGACUUAAUGAAGGAGUUCCCAUUAUUAGGAAUGUUAAACAUACAUGAAAACCUAUUGGAGGCACUUUUAGAGCUACAAGCCUAUGCAGAUGUCCAAGCUGUUCUUGCCAAAUAUGAUGACAUCAGUUUGCCAAAAUCAGCCACUAUAUGCUACACAUCAGCUCUUUUAAAAGCCAGGGCUGUAUCAGAUAAGUUUUCUCCAGAGGCAGCGUCCAGACGAGGGCUCAGUACAGCAGAGAUGAACGCUGUGGAGGCCAUACACAGAGCAGUCGAGUUCAAUCCACAUGUGCCAAAGUACUUAUUAGAGAUGAAGAGCCUGAUUUUGCCUCCAGAGCACAUCCUAAAGAGAGGAGACAGUGAAGCGGUGGCAUACGCCUUCUUCCACCUGCAGCACUGGAAGAGGGCAGAGGGAGCCUUAAACCUACUGCACUGCACUUGGGAAGGGACCUUUCGAAUAAUUCCUUAUCCACUGGAGAAGGGUCACCUGUUUUAUCCUUACCCAGGAUGCACAGAGACAGCAGACAGAGAGCUGCUGCCCUCUUUUCACGAGGUGUCUGUGUACCCAAAGAAAGAGCUCCCAUUCUUCAUCCUCUUCACAGCAGGCCUUUGCUCCUUCACUGCCAUGCUGGCCAUGCUCACACACCAGUUUCCAGAGCUCAUGGGUGUCUUUGCCAAAGCAUUCUUCAGCACACUCUUUGCUCCUCUGGGUUUCUUCGCAGACAAGAUGGAGAGCUUCAUGCCAUCCAGUUUUUGGCACCAGCUGACCCGGAUUUGACCAGUCCUUCUCUCUCUGUCUCUCUCUCUCUCUCUCUCUCUCUCUCUCUCGACACACACAUAACAAAAGACUAAACACUCCGAGAUAAUGUGUUUGCUCUUCUCCUGUCUUCAGCAUUACAGCCCACUUCCGCAAUUGUAAGUUAUCAUGUUGGCUGAGGUCGUAUCAACACAACCAUACGAAGACGCUCUCGAGUAAUUGUCCUGCAGAUCAUUGAGUUUCCUAGAACAAACUGCAUAUAGUUGUCAUUCGUCUUUACUAAAGCACUUGAGUUUAAAUACAGGCUGCUAAAUGUAUACAAAAUGUACAUGGAAGCUUGUACGACUCCAAAUAUGAAUCAACAAAAGUAUUGCGUAUAUAGGAACGCAUUAGGAAAUGAAUGACCCAUUUUAAGUACUUUUGUGAUUAAUGGUCUAUAGGGUAGAGCUGCACGAUUAUGUAAAAAAUAGUCACAUUAAUUGAAAUUGUAACUAUUCAACUGAUGAUUUUUGCUAAGAGAGAAAGUAGCAUCAACACCCCUAAAAAGAUACAAUCUACGAGCAACUUUACUCAAGGAAAAACGUAUGUACACCUUGAACACUAAUGAGUUCAUGUUAUUCACGAUUAGCCUACUCAAUUAAAUAUUUUUAGUAACUGAUUAGAGCAAUGGUCAUAAUUGUAAUUGAAAAUUGAUUCACUAUAGAGAGUAAUUAAUUCCAAAAUAUGUUAUAGAAUGGAAACAAAUUGGUACAUAACACACUGCUAAAUGUAAUUCCUGAACUUUAAUUAUAAAGUUUUCAAGCUUCCAAGUUUAUAUCCAUCUAUAAACUCUCACUGAAAGUUGUAUGAGACACUGAUAUUCCCUGAUAACUGUACAGGCCGUCUGGAAGUCUGUGAGAAAUCCUCCAGCCAUGGGCCUGAUUUACUACCUUAGUGUCUACAGUGUAUAUAGUGGCCCUGCAGUUGUUGCCAUGGCAUGACACCUAAGCACUAUAUCACUACUGCGACCUCUGAACCCCAACAUCCACCAGGAAAUGGGAUCGUUACUGGCACUGUUAGGGUUUCCCAUGCCCAUGCCAAUCAUUUAAGUUGACAAACCUGCUCUGGAGGAGGGUUAUGAAAUUAAUCGCAGUCAAAUCGAAAUCACAGUUUGAAUUGACACAAUUAGCAAAUCACGAGGUUUUACUCUCCAAACAACAAAAUACCCUCUAUGCUAACCCUAUAGUUUAGAUCUGUACAAACUAGGCUUAUCAAAAGUAUUGGGAAUCAGAUAUCGAUACUAAAGCUAUUAUCAAAACUACAUGUUCAUUUGAGUAUCGAUAUUGCAAAAAAAUCAACAGGACAAACUGUUUUAGUGCAUUUGAGCUUUAUCAGAACAGAUAUAAAACCUCAUGGUAACAUAAAGUAAAAUUGCAUUCUAUUACUCAAAAAGUAGCAUUUUUUAUCUUCAAUCUUUUAUCAUAACAAUCAGUAUCGAGUACUGAGUCAAUUCCUUUGUAUCGAAAUCGAGUUUGAAAUUUUAUUCUUGUAACGUUAGUACAAACACGUUGUGAAUCAAACAUGUGAGUCUUCUAUUAGUUUGUUCAUAUUUCAGACUUUUUGUCAAUUCUUCUGGACAUAAAUCGUUUAAUCUCAAUUGCAAUGCUUGUCAGAAAAAUCUCAAUGAGUUUUAAUGAUUUAAUGAUGAUCAGAUUUAAACUGAAAUUAACUGCUGGAUAAAAACUCUCUUAGCUACUUGAGUUUCUAGGAACAAAAUACAAGGAUGUAAAAUGCCCCUUGGAGAAUGCACAGUUGCGAAUUGAGAUUUCACAAUACAUUGGGGUAGAUGUGCAAAAGUAAUGUGCCUAUUAGUGCCUCUUAUAUGGAAUGUUUAAUGACCUUAUAAUAGUUUGUGUUAUUUAUUGAAUUGUAAUGCCUUAGGAUAGGGUGUUAAAAUAGUGUUGACAACCAUGUAGUUUUUAAGUGCCUUUUGGUUUUGGAUAUUAGUGCCCAAUAACUAAAAUAAGGAAAAUUUGACACAAACUGAAAUGAGAGCAGGCCUACAUGCUGAAGACAGGAGAAAGUCUAAAAAAAAAAUGUAACCACCCUUAAAACGUUUAAUGGCAAAGUCACAAUAAAUACCAACUC